UGGCUCACGGGCCCAGGCGCUCCGCGGCAUGUGGGAUCCUCCCAGACCGGGGCGCGAACCCGGUUCCCCUGCAUCGGCAGGCGGACGCGCAACCACUGCGCGCGCCACCAGGGAAGCCCUCACCAUGUUGCCUUUAUAUAUGACUGUUCUCAGAGCUGGGUCCUGCCGUGUUCUAACACUUUAAUCCACUUAGAGAAAGUCGACAGAUCUUUAAUAUAUUUGCAAAUGAAAAUUGAAAGCCAUUAUAAAGCUUUAUCAAAACUCUGCCGUAGAUGGCUCUAGUUCUCUCCUUGAUUAAUCAGUGUUUUGAGGUACAGCUGUUGAAAAUUUUCUCUCGGGCUGUUUUCUGGUCAGUUAAUUCAGAUCAGUGAAUAGAUCAUUUCAACAAUGAAUUCUUAAUAGUAAGAGACAAAGUACAAACAAAGCAGUAUAGUCUGCUUGUUAUAGCAACAGUUAGAUAUUAAUUGUGGCUUCUGACCAUAUCUCUAGCCUUGUAGCAUAUUGCCUAACUUAUAGUAGUCAAAAUAUGUUUAACUGACUGACUUUUGGUCCUAGCUUUUUCUAUACAAAUUAAUUCUAACCUCAGCAAUAAGUGGGCUGCUGCUUGCUAUUUAGUGGGUAUGAUUAGAUUUGAGAGCCCUUCAGGGGGUUGGUCAUAGGAAACCCUGUUGUGAAGGUGAUAUUGCUGCUACUGUUGUCAAAUUGCCAAGUGAUAAGGUAGUAGGAGGCACCUCAGAGUCAGUUCACUUGUAAAUUAGUGAUAACAGUGUCUACUUUGUAGGGUUAUUGUGAGAACUGGAAGAUUAGGCAACCAGCUGCCUAGCCACAAGACCAACUGUCCAGAAAGAUGACUAUUGUUACUUUAUGUAAUGUUGAAUUACAUUAUUCCUUUGGUUAAGGCUCUUCAUAUCCCCUAGUUUAUGCCUGAAAUGUGAAAGAUCUUGGAAGGAAGUAUAUUCUGGAAUCUUUUAAUAUUUGAAUUUUUCAAAAAGAACCACUUACGUGGUACAAAAAUAAUAGCCAGUAGUAACAGCUUACUCUGUGCCUGGUACUGUUUUGAGAGCUUUUAUGUUCAUUGACUCACUUCAUCCUCACAACAGUCUUCUGAAAAUGGGCAUUAGUAUUACCCAUAUUUUACAGUUGAUGAAAUGGAUAUAGACAGAGGUUAAAUAACUUGCCCAAUGUCACAUGGCUAGUAAGUAGCAAAGCCAGUUUCGAACCCCAGCAGUUUAUGCCAGAAUCCAUGCUUCAUGGCUACACUAAAUGUAGCCAGACUUAAUAGUCUUGUUUUUCUGAUCUGUGCCUUUUCCUGUAUAAGAAAACCCUUUCCUAUUUUCCAGUACUGCCUUCUAAAAGGUUUUAAAUUUGCUUUUCACAUUUGCAAUUACACAUUUCAAAUUUGCAAUAGUUGUUUGUCUGGAGUGAAGUAGGAAUCUAAUUUUAUGUUGUUUUAUGUGGAUAGCCUAGUAUGCUGGCAAAGACUAUUGGAAAAGAGAACUUUUCACUUGGUACGUUCACAACUCAAGGCUAAGUCAGGCCUUUCCAGUGCUAUGUAUUCAGGGCACCAAGGACUUGGUUCAUAGUUCAAAAGAUACCGAGAGAGUAUGCACAACCCCUGUCCUAUAAUUCUGUAGUUCAAUAUAUCUUUCUCUUUCCUCCUCUUUCUCUCCCCUCCCCUCCCCUUCUCUCCCGAUUUUCUGCUCUCUCUCCUUCCUUUUUAAGAACAGUGCCUGCCAAGAUUGGGAGGAGUUACUGAGUACUCGAGUGAUUCAUGGUUUCAAGUGUAAACUACCCUCCUGCCGAAGCUAUGGGUUAGCUUUCUUUCUCAAGGCUGAGGACAGUGGAUUCUGUCAGCUGUACUCUUGCAGCCAUAUUGAUGAUUCUAAGUGGGAGUCACACACUGGAAGGACAUAGUGGGGCUCCGAACAGCCAGAUCGAGCGGUUGGAAGUAAGCAGCCUCGCCCAGACUUCCAGUGCGGUGGCCUCCAGCACCGAUGGCAGCCUCCACACAGACGCUGUGGAUGGAACACCAGACCCUCAGCGCACAAAGGCUGCUAUUGCUCACUUGCAGCAGAAGAUCCUGAAGCUCACAGAACAAAUCAAGAUUGCACAAACAGCCCGGGACGACAACGUUGCCGAGUACCUGAAGCUUGCCAACAGUGCGGACAAGCAGCAGGCCGCCCGUAUCAAGCAGGUCUUUGAGAAGAAGAACCAGAAAUCUGCCCAGACCAUCCUCCAACUACAAAAGAAGCUUGAGCACUACCACAGGAAGCUCCGAGAGGUGGAGCAGAAUGGGAUCCCCCGGCAGCCAAAGGAUGUCUUCAGGGACAUGCACCAGGGUCUGAAGGAUGUGGGAGCAAAGGUGACCGGCUUCAGUGAAGGUGUAGUGGACAGUGUUAAAGGUGGACUCUCCAGCUUCUCCCAGGCGACCCAUUCAGCAGCAGGGGCCGUGGUCUCUAAGCCCAGAGAGAUCGCUUCACUAAUUCGGAAUAAGUUUGGCAGUGCAGACAAUAUCCCUAACCUGAAGGACUCUUUAGAGGAAGGGCAAGUGGACGAUGGGGGAAAGGCUUUGGGAGUAAUUUCAAACUUUCAGUCCAGCCCCAAAUAUGGUAGUGAGGAAGAUUGUUCUAGUGCCACGUCAGGCUCAGUGGGAGCCAACAGCACCGCUGGAGGCAUUGCUGUAGGAGCAUCCAGCUCCAAAACAAACACCCUGGACAUGCAGAGCUCAGGAUUUGAUGCACUACUACAUGAGAUCCAGGAGAUCCGGGAAACCCAGGCCAGACUAGAGGAAUCCUUUGAGACCCUCAAGGAACAUUAUCAGAGGGACUAUUCAUUAAUAAUGCAGGCCUUACAGGAGGAGCGAUAUAGAUGUGAACGAUUAGAAGAACAACUAAAUGACCUAACAGAGCUCCACCAGAAUGAAAUCUUGAACUUGAAGCAGGAAUUGGCCAGCAUGGAAGAGAAAAUUGCAUAUCAGUCCUAUGAACGGGCUCGGGACAUCCAGGAGGCCCUGGAGGCGUGCCAGACCCGCAUCUCCAAGAUGGAGUUGCAGCAGCAGCAGCAGCAGGUGGUACAGCUGGAAGGGCUGGAGAAUGCCACUGCCCGGAACCUGCUGGGCAAACUCAUCAACAUCCUCCUGGCGGUCAUGGCAGUCCUCCUGGUCUUUGUCUCCACGGUAGCCAACUGCGUGGUUCCCCUCAUGAAGACUCGCAACAGGACGUUCAGCACUUUAUUCCUUGUGGUUUUCAUUGCCUUUCUCUGGAAGCACUGGGAUGCCCUCUUCAGCUACGUGGAACGGUUCUUUUCCUCCUCCAGAUGAUGCUGGCACCAGAAGGCAGUGCUCCCCUACCCUCUGGCGAGUGCAUGCGGCGAAGAAUUAGACAGCAACUUACCUACUCUGAAGUUUUCUACAACAACAAAAGAGUUGAGUGAAUCUGUUUACAUUUAGAAUAACGUUUUUUUCUUCAAAAGACACAAUUGCAAUAGUAUUUUUUAGAUUUUAUCCAAGAAGUUUUUUGGGCAAAAAUCUUGGAUCAUUUUUAUGUAGCAUGAUUUUCCUUGGGAUGCAGAUCUCAAACAGUCCUUUAACAUGAACCAACAAUCUGGAGCACACUGAAGGGCAUUCUAAAUUGUGGCUUGAAGGACUGCACUAAAAUCCACUAAAAAGAUGCGAAAACCUGAUUAGGGAAACCAGUUAAACCUAACACCCUGCCUUGUCUGGGCUCACCACCUCUCCCCCCUCCCAGACUAACUUUACUGUGAAGUCCUACCACAUUCCAUGUCUGAAUUUCUGGAUUCGGGGUGGAUUUUCCUUGUCCGUGGAAGAACACAUGGAUCUCCCUGGCUUUCUCACCCAAGCUGGCCACUCAUGGUAACCCUGGAAGUAUGAUCACUUUUGAACCUGGUCCCUUAACCUUUGCUAGGAUACACAAGUGAGAGCAUCAUGCCCCAAAGGAUCACUGCACAGUCCUACUACAGUAUUUUGAAGUAGCCCUCUAAAUACUUAACUUUAAGCAAAUCCCAUGGCCGCACUUUUAAGGUUUUUUUUAAAUAUGUGUAUAGUCACCAAUUUAAAAAAAAAAUCUGAACAGCAUACUUGAAGAAUGUAAUACUCAAACUCUCAGUGCUUCCUUAUGGUUUCUAAUAGGAUUUUUUAUUAUUGUUAUUAUUAUUAUUGGGUUUUUUUGGAAAGGGUUGGGAGGGUCUUUUAUUUUUUCCUUUGAAAUAAAGAAGUGAUGUUUUUAAAUGAA